UGCCGAUGAGUGAUGCAGUGUCGUCUGAGGGCCAGAAGACCACAGGCAUCCAAUAAAGGCCUGAUGGAGGAGAAACAUCAUCAUGUACAAACUAGAAGAAAAACUCGCUCACAGACUGAAAGUGUUUCUUUACCUAAAAGAAAAGAGAAGAAAUGUGUCACCUGCCAUCUGUGUGGAAAGAGUUUAACACGCAAAAAGAAUCUCAAGAUUCACAUGAGGAUCCACACUGGAGAGAAACCGUACACAUGUGAUCAGUGUGGAGUGAGUUUUAGACGCAAACAGAAUCUCAGUGUUCACAUGAGGAUCCACACUGGAGAGAAACGGCACACAUGCGAUCGGUGUGGAAAGAGUUUUGCACAAAAAGGAACCCUUACGCGUCACAUGAACAUCCACACUAGAGAGAAAGUACAUGAAUGUGAUCAAUGUUGUAAAACAUUUCUGAGGGCUUCAGGCCUGAUGAUCCACCUGAAAGUUCAUUCAAAGGAGAAACCCCAUUCAUGUUCUUUGUGUGGAAAGAGUUUUACACAUGUGCAGAAUUUAAAAGUUCAUCAGAAAAUACAUACUGGUGUAAGAAAUCACAUGUGCUUUGAGUGUGAGAAGACUUUUAUUAGAGCUGGACAUUUAAAACAGCACCAGAUGAUCCACACUGGAGAGAAACCUUACAAGUGUUCACACUGCGACAAGAGAUUCAGUCGGUCAGAUUAUUUAAAAGCACACACGAUGAUUCACACUGGAGAGAAACCGUAUCACUGCACUGCAUGUGGGAAGAGUUUCAAACAGUCAUCUUCUCUACGCAGUCAUAUGAAAUACAAUCACAUUAUUAGGUGUGUUCGACAUCGGCUGCAGCUGGAUGUAACCGAUCGGUGAGAGUAGCCGCAUGCAGGCGGGGAGGAGCUGAAAACAGAGACGUGAAGUUGGACACUUUCUGCUUCCCGUAGUGAUGCUCAUGCUGCGUUUGCAUGCUUUAUCACAGCUGAACUUAAGUAAAUGCAAUAUUUGACUAAUACACUGAUGUUACACUUGAUGUUUUCAUGCAGUACUUUAUGUACUGCUUACAGCGUCUGUUUUUACAAGAAUAAAGUUCAACAUGAGCACAUUAUUCGAACACCAAAUAUAGUGAAGUCAACGUAUUUUAUCAGUUUUAUUUUGAUAAACAUGAGACAAUAUAACUUUGCAACUACAUGAAAAGAGCUUUACCUGUUAAAAAACAGAUUUGUGAGCAUUAGUGGAACUGAAGGCAUGACAAUAAACAUGAAACACGUGAUCAUUGUCAUGCAGUGAAUCCGGCCAAUUAUGAAUCAGCUGUGUCGUCAUCAGAGUUCGUGCAGCUCCUCUUGAGAAACUGCGCUGGCUGACUCGAAUACCCGGUACUCACGGUACUUUGAAGUCAGCCGCCGAUCGGUCUGUGCGGCCGGCAUCAAGUCGAACAAGCCUGUUGCUGAACAAACAAAUGCAACCCUCUCUCGUAUGAAGCGGAAAUUAAAGCAGCCUCCACAUCUGUUUUCAGGCCUUCCCGCUUAGCUCUCUCCAGCGCUGAAAAGCUUUUCUAAUAUUAACGUGGGUCGUAAAGCUCUUUCCUGAUCAUACUGCUUCAUAUUAUGAGCUUUUCUCUUUUUUGUCUCUUAGCCAUCUCUUUUUCUACAGUCUUUCUUCAAAUCUCCCUCUUGCUCGUUCUGUCUCCUCGACCAUCAUACGCCCCCUAAUGCUGAUAAUGUUUUAUAACAAGAACCAGAUUCCUGACCUUAAGUAUUCAAUUCCAGAACUGGAGUCCAACCCAAGUCCUAACCAGCCACAACGAGUGACAGGACAAAGAAAAUUCAUCUAAUUUGUCACAGUGAAUCAAGGUGAUCUUCAAGAACAGAAGUUUCAACUGUGAGAUUUUAGAUCUACUCAAAGAUGGACAAUAUCUUAUAAUAUGUAUAGCUUGUAGUUUGUUUACACUCAUAAGAAGGAAAGUAGAAGCUGAAGAAGAAGCUGAUUUAAUUUUAACUUGUUCUUCAUUGUUGUUUUUAAAACUAGUUAUUCUUCCACUUAUAGUUUAGUUAGAAAACACAGAUGUAAGAUAUACUGUCAUGUAGCUACGGAGUGGUCCUUCACUUUUAUUCUCUUGAGAUGCUUUGCUGUCUUGUUAGUCAAUAAAGAGAGAGAUUUGUCUCAUUAAUUUCUACUUUUA